AAAAUUUCGUAUUUACCCCUCAAUUUUCUCUGUGUUUUUUUUUCUCAUCCUUUAUUUUUUGGUCAGUUCAAAUGAUUACCUCAGCAGUUAUUAUUAAGCCUUCGAAGAAGUGUGACGGUAAAAGAUUCGAUAUAAAUAAUAUAGAGCCAUCAAGCGAGAGUGAUGUCAAAAAAAGAAAAAGACUGCAUUCAAUUGAAUGCAAAUAAAACAGAAGAAAAUGAAAAAAUCCAUAAUCGAACUCAUCAUACGAGCUUCUUUGAAAAAUUGUAUGGAAAUUUAGAGAAAACUAGUGACCAAGAAAAAAAAAUAAGAUCCGAAAAUCUGUUACAACCAGUUAGUAGAAAUAAAAUAAUUCAUUCUCCUUCAGAAUCAAGUGGCAGCUCAUCUAGUGAUAUAAAUAUUGAAAGGGCUAACAUAAAAACAUCAAAUAAUCUUGUUUCAUCAACAAUUUUGCCAACACAUUUUACUGCUAUAAGAUUGCCAUUAUUUUCUACAGAUCCUCAUAGUCAUUUUGCGGCAUUUCUUGCGAGGCGUCGGAAAAAGGAAGGAAAGCAACGACGACAACGAACAACAUUUAGUAGCGAUCAAACAUUGAGAUUGGAAGUUGAAUUUAACAGAAAUGAAUAUAUAUCUCGUGGUAGACGAUUUGAAUUAGCUGAAAGCCUUAAGUUAUCUGAAACACAGAUAAAAAUAUGGUAUCAAAAUAGACGAGCAAAGGAAAAAAGGAUUGAAAAAGCUCAAAUAGACCAACAGUUUAGAAACUUGGCGGCAGCAUCAACUCUUAUUCCAUUUAACCUGACUUAUUCACAACCAUGUCCUGCUUUUAAUCAGCAAAUUCAAAAUCAAAGCAAUUACCACUUACUUCCAGAUUCUACAUUUUCACAAUUUCAAUCUUCAACAACUUAGUUAUUUUGCGUUCUAUAUUCUACAAAUAAGACAAUAAUUAAAACCAAGAAAAGAAAGUUAAAUUAUUUUUUGAGAAAAUAAAUUAUAAAGAUGAUUUUUCAUGAAAUAUCUAUUGUCCAUUCCCCUUCCUUACGACUCGUGUAUGUUUUCCCAACAAUACAAUAGCUCACAAAACCUUAAUAAUUGAAGGUAAAAUGCUAUAUUGAAAUGAAAACAAUAAAAAUAAUGCACGCAAUGAAGGGA